CCACGUGUGCUGUUACUCUCUAAGUGCUUGCGGAGCAGCAGCGGCCGCUUUCCCCAGGGGCGUAGUUUGUGAUAGCUCUGGUGCGGAGACUUAAGCAGCUCCCGGGCUCUGAGCGCGAAGCCGGGACUGCCGGUGGCCGCCCAGUGCAGAGGGCCUGCCGUCAUGGAGCACCUCUUGUUGGAGGUGGCGGCUGCGCCGCUGCGGUUAAUCGCUGCCAAGAGCGAGAAGAGCCGCAGCGAGCUGGGCAGGUUCUUGGUCAAGCAGGUGUGGACACCUCAAGAUCGCCAGUGUGUCUUGAGUACCUUAGCACAAUUACUGCUGGAUAAGGACUGUACUGUGCUGGUUGGCCGCCAGCUGCGCCCUCUACUUUUGGAUUUGCUGGAAAGAAAUGCUGAUGCCAUUAAAGCUGGAGGCCAAGUCAACCAUGAUUUACACGAACGGCUCUGUGUGUCAAUGAGCAAACUCAUUGGUAACCAUCCUGACAUCCUCCCGUUUGCCCUGAGGUAUUUCAAGGACACAUCUCCAGUCUUUCAAAGACUCUUCCUAGAGAGUUCAGAUGCAAAUCCAGUGCGGUAUGGGCGCAGGCGGAUGAAGCUCCGGGACCUAAUGGAAGCAGCUUACAAGUUUCUGCAGCAAGAGCAGUCUGUGUUCCGGGAGCUCUGGGACUGGAGUGUGUGUGUCCCUCUCCUCAGAAGCCAUGACACCUUGGUCCGCUGGUACACAGCCAAUUGUCUUGCUUUGGUCACCUGUAUGAAUGAAGAACACAAGUUAUCAUUCCUUAAGAAGAUUUUUAACAGUGAGGAACUGAUCCAUUUCAGAUUGAGGUUGCUCGAAGAGGCCCAGCUGCAGGACUUGGAGAAGGCCUUGGUGUUGGCCAAUCCAGAAGCCUCCCUUUGGCGUAAGGAGAAGGAGCUGCAGUACUUACAAGGACACCUUGUUUCAGCUGACCUCUCCUCCAGGGUGACUGCCGUAUGUGGUGUGGUGCUGCCUGCUCAGCCGCCGGCCCCCAGAGAGCAGGCUGGUAGUAGGAGUUCUUCUCGUGAACAGGAGCUGGCCCUUAGGUCUUAUGUGCUGGUUGAAUCAGUCUGCAAAAAUCUUCAGACCCUGGCUAUGGCAGUGGCUUCUCAGAACGCUGUGUUGUUGGAAGGACCAAUUGGAUGUGGCAAAACUUCCUUAGUUGAACAUUUAGCUGCAAUGACAGGUAGAAGGAAGCCCCCUCAACUUCUCAAAGUCCAGCUCGGAGACCAGACCGACAGUAAGAUGCUGUUGGGAAUGUAUCGCUGCACAGAUGUCCCGGGAGAGUUUGUGUGGCAGCCUGGUACCCUGACACAGGCAGCCACAAAAGGACACUGGGUCCUUCUGGAGGAUAUUGACUAUGCCCCCUUAGACGUGGUUUCUGUGCUGAUUCCUCUCUUGGAGAAUGGAGAGCUUUUGAUUCCUGGCCAAGGUGACUAUGUGAAAGUGGCUCCUGGAUUUCAGUUCUUUGCAACCAGGAGACUCUUGAGCUGUGGAAGAAAUUGGUAUCGCCCACUAAAUAGUCAUGCUACUCUGCUGGACAAAUACUGGACUAAAAUUCACCUGGACAACAUGGAUAAGGCAGAACUGAAUGAGGUUCUUCAAAACAAAUAUCCCAGCUUAUCAGCAGCAACUGAUCACCUGCUUGACAUUUACAUCCAACUUACUGGAGAGAAGCAUCACCCUCUGAGUGAUAGUUCUGUUGGAGGGGAACAGGCACCUGAGGAUGGCUCAGAAGCCAGAAGAGAAAACAAAAGCCUAAGCCUCGAGGGAAGAGAAUUGUCUCUAAGGGAUCUACUGAAUUGGUGUAAUAGGAUUGCCCACAGCUUUGACAGUCUGUCUUCAUCAGCAUCAUUAAAUAUUUUUCAAGAGGCUCUGGACUGUUUCACAGCAAUGCUUUCUAAGCCCAUGAGCAAACUGAAAAUGGCAGAAAUCAUCGGAAGCAAACUGAACAUUUCCAAGAAGAAGGCUGAAUUCUUCUGUCAACUUUAUAAACCAGAGGUCGUGAUCAAUGAGCUAGACGUACAGGUGGGUCGAGUGAGGCUCCUACGGAAACAAAGUGAGGCUGUCCACAUACAGAGGGAGAAGCUCACCUUUGCUGCUACAAGGCCAUCCUCUGUUCUUAUUGAACAGCUUGCGGUGUGUGUUAGCAAAGGGGAGCCCGUGUUGCUGGUGGGAGAGACUGGGACUGGCAAAACCUCCACCGUCCAGUACUUGGCUCACAUCACAGGCCACCGUUUGAGGGUUGUCAAUAUGAAUCAGCAAAGUGACACUGCAGACUUGCUUGGAGGUUACAAACCAGUGGACCACAAGCUUAUUUGGCUACCCUUACGGGAGGCAUUUGAGGAACUCUUUGCUCAGACAUUUUCCAAGAAGCAAAACUUCACAUUCUUGGGACACAUUCAGACCUGUUACAGGCAGAAACGGUGGCAUGAUCUCCUCAGACUAAUGCAGCAUGUGCACAAGUCAGCUGUCAGCAAGGAUGGAAAAAAGAGUGAAACUGGGUCCCUACUAAAAGAGAAAUGGGAAGCAUUUGGUCUUAGACUCAACCAUGCGCAACAGCAGAUGAAGAUGACUGAAAGUGCCCUAUUGUUUGCAUUCGUAGAGGGCACAUUAGCUCAGGCUGUGAAGAAAGGAGAAUGGAUCUUGUUGGAUGAGAUUAAUCUGGCUGCUCCAGAAACAUUAGAAUGUCUGAGUGGUUUACUUGAAGGCUCCUCUGGCUCUCUAGUGUUGCUGGAUCGAGGAGACACAGAACCACUGAUUCGUCAUCCUGACUUCCGUUUAUUUGCAUGUAUGAACCCAGCAACUGAUGUAGGCAAAAGAAAUCUCCCACCAGGAAUAAGAAACAGAUUCACAGAACUUUAUGUAGAAGAAUUGGAAAGUAAAGAAGACUUACAGAUUCUCAUUGUGGAUUAUCUGAAAGGCUUGAGUGUGAACAAGAGCACAGUGCAAGGAAUCAUAACUUUCUACACAGCUGUGCGGAAAGAGUCUGGGACAAAAUUGGUGGACGGGACUGGCCAUAGACCUCACUACAGCCUUCGGACUCUCUGUAGGGCCCUUCGAUUUGCAGCCUCCAAUCCGUGUGGCAGCAUCCAGCGCUCACUCUAUGAGGGCUUUUGUUUGGGUUUCUUAACACAACUUGAUCGGGCAUCACACCCAAUAGUUCAGAAGCUCAUUUGUCAACACAUUGUUUCUGGCAGUGUUAAAAGUCUGCUGAAGCAGCCCAUUCCAGAACCUAAAGGAGGCCGGCUUAUCCAGGUGGAAGGCUACUGGAUUUCGGUGGGGGACAAGGAACCUACAAUAGAUGAGACGUAUAUCCUCACGUCUUCUGUCAAGCUGAAUCUGAGAGACAUAGUCCGAGUAGUCUCUGCAGGAACCUAUCCAGUGCUGAUUCAGGGAGAGACAUCAGUGGGUAAAACCAGCCUGAUCCGGUGGCUGGCUGCAGCUACUGGUAACCACUGUGUGCGUAUUAACAACCACGAACACACGGAUAUUCAGGAGUACAUUGGUUGUUACACAUCCGACUCCUCAGGGAAGCUGGUGUUUAAAGAAGGUGUUCUUAUUGAUGCUAUGAGAAAGGGCUAUUGGAUUAUUUUAGAUGAGUUAAAUUUGGCCCCUACUGAUGUACUGGAGGCAUUGAACAGACUGUUGGAUGAUAACCGUGAAUUGCUCAUCACAGAAACACAAGAAGUUGUUAAAGCACAUCCUCGCUUCAUGCUUUUUGCCACCCAGAAUCCCCCGGGACUUUACGGAGGCAGAAAGGUGCUUUCUAGAGCCUUCAGGAAUCGGUUUGUGGAAUUGCACUUUGAUGAACUGCCUAGUUCUGAGCUGGAAACAAUUUUGCAUAAGCGGUGUAGCCUGCCGCCCUCCUACUGUAACAAGCUGGUCAGAGUCAUGCUGGACCUUCAGUCAUAUCGCAGGGGUUCUUCAGUGUUUGCUGGAAAGCAGGGCUUCAUCACCCUCCGUGAUUUGUUUCGAUGGGCUGAGCGCUACAGGUUGGCUGAGCAGACGGAGAAGGAGUAUGACUGGCUGCAGCACUUGGCCAACGAUGGUUUCAUGCUUCUAGCAGGCCGGGUCAGGAAGCAGGAGGAGGUUCAUGUGAUUCAAGAAGUCCUCGAAAAACAUUUUAAGAAAAAAUUGUGUCCUCAAUCCCUCUUCUCCAAAGAAAAUGUCCUAAAAUUGAUGAGUAAAUUGUCUGUUCAGACAUCCACUUUGGAGUCUAAAUUCAAUCACAUCGUGUGGACUGAGGGCAUGCGGAGACUGGCGAUGCUGGUGGGAAGGGCGUUGGAAUUUGGUGAACCAGUGCUGCUGGUUGGAGACACUGGGUGUGGGAAAACUACUAUCUGUCAGGUAUUUGCAGCCUUGGCAAAUCAGAAAUUAUACUCAGUCAACUGCCACUUGCACAUGGAAACAUCGGACUUCCUUGGGGGGCUGAGGCCAGUGAGGCAAAAGCCAAGUGACAAGGAAGAAAUCGACACAUCAAGGCUCUUUGAGUGGCAUGAUGGGCCUUUGGUUCUGGCCAUGAAGGAGGAUGGCUUUUUCCUCUUGGAUGAGAUCUCACUGGCUGACGACUCUGUCCUGGAAAGACUCAACAGUGUCCUUGAAGUGGAAAAGUCACUGUUGCUAGCUGAAAAAGGCAACCUAGAGAAGGAUAAUGAGGUAGAGCUGUUGACUGCUGGGAAGAAAUUCCGUAUCUUGGCAACCAUGAACCCUGGAGGCGACUUUGGGAAAAAAGAGCUGUCUCCUGCCUUAAGAAACCGUUUUACGGAAAUAUGGUGCCCUCAAGGCACAAGCCGUGAUGAUUUAAUUCAGAUAAUCAGCCGUAAUCUUCGUGCAGGAUUGUCUCUGGGCAGAACAGAUCAUAAAGGAGUUGAUAUAGCUGAGGUGAUGCUGGAUUUCAUUGACUGGCUGACCCACCAGGAGUUUGGCCGGAGGUGUGUGGUCAGUAUCAGAGAUAUCCUGUCCUGGGUUAACUUCAUGAACACAAUGGGGGAGGAAGCUGCUUGGAAGAGGCUGGAGACGGUCUCCACAGUGACGUCUUUUGUCCACGCUGCUUGCCUGGUGUACAUAGAUGGAAUAGGUUCAGGAGUAACUUCCUCUGGGUUUGGUACGGCCCUCUUGGCUCGCAAAGAAUGUCUGAAAUUCCUAAUCAAGAAACUUUCCAAGAUAGUCCGACUUACAGAAAGUCAGAAAAAUGAAUUGAAGAUUUAUGAUAGACUCAAAACCAAAGACUUCACUGGAAUAGAUAAUCUUUGGGGAAUUCAUCCAUUUUUUAUACCAAGGGGACCUGUCUUGCACAGGAAUAAUAUCGCCGACUAUGCACUCAGCGCAGGCACCACAGCUAUGAAUGCCCAGCGGCUCUUAAGAGCUACAAAACUGAACAAACCUAUCCUCCUGGAGGGCUCCCCCGGCGUGGGCAAGACAAGUUUGGUGGGGGCGUUAGCCAAGGCUUCAGGCAACACCCUUGUCCGAAUCAACUUAUCAGAGCAGACGGACAUCACAGACCUGUUUGGAGCAGAUCUACCCGUUGAAGGUGGCAAAGGAGGAGAGUUUGCCUGGCGCGAUGGUCCCUUGCUGGCAGCCCUGAAGGCAGGCCACUGGGUUGUGUUGGAUGAGCUUAACCUGGCUUCUCAAUCGGUCUUGGAAGGACUCAAUGCUUGUUUUGAUCACCGAGGAGAAAUCUAUGUUCCUGAGUUAGGAAUGAGCUUCCAAGUGCAGCAUGAAAAGACAAAGAUUUUCGGGUGUCAGAAUCCCUUUAGACAAGGAGGAGGGAGGAAGGGCUUGCCCAGGUCUUUCCUAAACAGAUUCACUCAGGUCUUUGUAGAUCCCCUUACAGUAAUUGACAUGGAGUUCAUUGCCAGCACUCUGUUUCCAGCCAUUGACAAAAAUAUUGUUAAAAAAAUGGUUGCUUUCAACAACCAAAUCGAUCAUGAAGUGACUGUGGAGAAGAAAUGGGGGCAAAUAGGAGGACCCUGGGAAUUCAACCUCCGGGACCUUUUCCAUUGGUGUCAGUUGAUGCUAGUUGACCAGUCCCCUGGGUGUUAUGAUCCUGGUCAGCAUGUGUUUUUGGUCUAUGGUGAAAGAAUGAGAACCAAGGACGAUAAAGAAAAGGUCAUUGCUGUAUUCAAGCAUGUGUUUAAUACGAACUCCAACCCGUACAUGGGAACCAGACUAUUUCACAUCACUCCCUAUGAUGUUCAGCUGGGGUACUCAGUGCUUUCCCGAGGCAGCUAUGUUCCUCCCCCGACCUGCCGUCCCCUGUUGCUCCUGCACCAGUCUUUGCAGUCUCUGGAGUCAAUAAUGAAGUGUGUACAAAUGAGCUGGAUGGUCAUCCUUGUGGGGCCAGCCUCUGUGGGCAAGACUAGCUUGGUUCAGCUCCUGGCACAUCUUACUGGUCACACGUUAAAGAUCAUGGCCAUGAACAGUGCAAUGGAUACCAUGGAGCUUCUGGGUGGAUUUGAGCAGGUUGAUCUUAUACGGCCGUGGAGGCAGCUCCUGGAGAAGGUGGAAAGUACUGUAAGGGCACUGGUAAGAGACAGCCUUCUCAUCAGUGCUGACGAUGCAGAAAUGGUGUUGCGAGCCUGGAGUCAUUUCCUUCUGACGCAUAAGCCCAGAUGUCUUGGAGAAGGUGGUAAUGGUGUCACAAUGGAGAUUGUCAACAAGCUGGAAGCAGUAUUAUUGCUCAUGCAGCGACUCAAUAAUAAAAUCAACUCAUACUCCAAGGGAGAGUUUGCCAAACUUGUGGAAGAAUUCCGAAGCUUUGGAGUAAAGCUUAUGCAGUCAGCCAGUGGCCGCAGCCAUGGCACGUUCGAAUGGGUUGACAGCAUGUUGGUUCAGGCCCUGAAGUCUGGAGAUUGGCUUUUGAUGGACAAUGUUAACUUCUGCAACCCAUCGGUGCUGGAUCGAUUGAAUGCUUUGCUUGAACCUGGAGGUGUCCUCACUGUCAGUGAGAGAGGAAUGAUGGAUGGAUCCACUCCCACCGUAACACCACAUCCCAAUUUCAGACUUUUUCUCUCAAUGGAUCCUGUUCAUGGAGAAAUAUCCCGAGCUAUGAGGAAUCGUGGACUUGAAAUCUACAUUUCAGGAGAUGGGGACGGGAGCAUCCCAGAUGCCCUGGAUCUGAAGGUCCUGCUGCACAGCCUUGGUUUGGUGGGAGACAGCGUGUGUGACACCCUCUUGGCUUUGCACACAGAGACCCAUAGUGCAGUUCUAGGUUCUCCAGCAUCUUCCAUGUCAACUCUGAUUCAGACAGCCUCCCUCAUUGUGCAGUACCUGCAGCGGGGGCUGAGUUUAGACAGAGCCUUUUCUGAAGCGUGCUCGGAAGCGUAUGUCCGCUCCCAGGCUUCACUAGCAAGCCAGAAGGUUGUGCAGGGUUUAUUGGAGAAACACGUUUCUUCUCUGCGAGCACGUGCAACCUGGGGUAACUCCAUUCUUGCCAUGGGGCUGUGGCCAGAUUCUCUGCCCUCGGCUGUCUUUGCUACAGAAGAUUCUCACCUCUCUAAAGUUCGGGGUGAUGGGCAGGUCUUAGCAUAUUGUCUUAACAGGCUGAGCAUGAAGACAGGCAACUGGGACAGGAUUCAGCCCCUUACCUUGCCAGACUUAGAGAAAAUCAUGCAGUCCUCCCACCCAGAGAGCUUGAAGUUCAGUUCAGUUGAAGUGGAUACUUACUGGAUCGAUGAACCAGCUGCUCUGGCCAUGGCUGUUAAAUUGCUCAUAGAAAGAGCAACCAAUCAAGACUGGAUGCUCAGAGUUAAAUGGCUUUAUCAUUUAGCCAAGAAUAUGCCACAGGGACUUGAGUCGAUACAGAUUCACUUGGAAGCCAAUGCAGCAUCUCUUAGGAAUUUUUACUCAAAUUCUCUCUCAUCUGGGGUCAGUAAUGUCAUCAAAAUAUUACAACCAAAUGUAACAGAUGAAUUUGUGAUCCCUCUGGACCCCCGAUGGAAUAUGCAGGCUUUGGACAUGAUUAGAAAUUCGAUGGACUUUGACCCGCAAACAGACCAGCCUGAGCAGCUCUUUGCCCUUUUGGAGUCUGUUGCAAACAAGACAAUCAUAUAUCUUGACCGGGAAAACCGGAUUUUUACUGAAGCAAAUUUGGUUUCUGUUGUUGGCAAAAAGUUAAGAAAUAGUGUUUUGAGAAUGUCCUUUGAAUUCCACAAAGAUCCAGAGAGCUAUCACAGCCUGCCCCAUGAAAUCGUGGUCAAUCUUGCUGCUUUCUUUGAACUUUGUGAUGCGCUAAUCCUGCUCUGGGCACAGUCCUCCCAGAGCAUGGUGUCUAAUGCCAGUGUCAACAAGAUUUUGGGUUCUGUGCGGUGGCGAGACCGGUUUUGGACUGUGGCCGACACGGUAAAAGUGGAUGCCCCUGGCCUGGCUCUGCUUGCCCUUCACUGGCACUGGGUUUUAAAACAUUUGGUCCAUCAGAUCCCUCAACUCCUGAUGAGCCAUGAAGACAAAUAUUAUAAAGAGGUUCAGACCGUCUCGGAACAUAUUCAGAAUUGCUUAGGGAGUCCAACUGGUGGAUUUACGGGUGUAAAGAAGUUGCAGAAAUUCCUGGGACGACCAUUUCCUUUUAAGGACAAGCUGGUGGUAGAGUGUUUUUCACAACUAAAGGUCUUUAACAAAGCCCUUGUGGUCCAAGAGCGAUUGCCCGCCCUUGGAGAGAGUGGAUGGAGGGAAGAUGUUAGGCGACUCCAAGUGGUUGCUUCCGAAUGGACAUUAAAGAAAAGUCUCCUACAGGCCUGUGGGUUGGUCCUCAGAGCUAAUAUCUUGGAAGAUGUCAGCCCAGAUGAAUUGAAGAAUCUUGUGGAUGCUCAGUGUUUGGAACUAAAAGCCAAAGGAAUUUCACUUGGUUUUCUGGAGAAGAAGCACAGUGACGCUUCCUCCUUAUCUCAGCCUGACUUUACCUCCUUAAUCCACCUCACCAGGAGUGUUCAGCUGUGGCCUGCAAUGGAGUACCUGGCUGUGCUUUGGCAGUACAAAGCAACAGCAGAUUUUAUGACCCAGGCCUGUCUCAGAAGGUCCAGCAAAAACCAGCAGCCCCAGAUAGACGAGGAGCUAAGUCAUCACAUCACGUUUUGUCUUAAGCACACACCGGUUGCUCCCCAGGAGCUUCAAGACCUUUGGGCCUUAGUGCACCAUCAAAAGAUGUCUGCUGAAGAAGUGAUCUCUUUGUGGUCCGAGUUAUUUAAUUCCACGUUUAUGUCUUUCUGGAGCAGUACUGUGACCACAAGUCCAGAGUACUGGCUGACGUGGAGCCCUCUGCCUGGAGUGCAGCAGAGGGAGGUGCCGAAGUCCCUUUUGGACUCUACAUUAAAGGGUCCUGCCAGUCUCAGCAGAGCUGUGUUCUCCAAGUGCUGCUUUGAAGUCCUGACCAGCAGCUGUAGAGCAAGUCCCUGGGAUGUUAGCGGCCUCCCUGUCCUGUCGUCCUCGCACGUCACCCUGGGGGAGUGGGAUGAGAGAGCCCAGCAGCUCCAAGACAUCAGCUUGGUGCUUUGGACCAACAUGGCUGUCCCUUCAGUAGCAGAGUUCAGACGCACAGAUGCCCAGCUCCAGGGGCUGGUGUUGUGCAGGCACCUGGCCGGCCUGGCGGAGCUGCUCCCUGAGCCCCAGCGGCAGGAGUACAUGCAAAAGUGCGAGCAGCUGUUGCUUGGGGACAGCCAGGCCUUCCAGCACGUGGGCCAGACUCUUGGGGACAUGGCCGGCCAGGAGGUGCUACCCCAGGAGCUGCUGUGCCUCUUGCUCACCUCCCUGCACCACUUGUUUGGGGAGGGGGAGGGUAAGCGGGACGUGCCCGAGCCUGCCCGCCGUGGGAGCCUGUGGGUGAGCCUGGGCCUGCUCCAGAUCCAGACCUGGCUUCCCCAGGCACGCUUCGACCCCGCCGUGAAGAGGGAAUACAAGCUCAAGUACGCCAAGGAGGAGCUACACCAGCUGCAGUGUGAGUGGAAGACCCGGAACCUCUCAUGCCAGCUGCAGACCGGAAGAGACCUGGAGGAUGAAGUCCUUCUCAGUCACGCUCAUCCUCACGUCAGAUUGCUUCGCCAGAGAAUUGAUCAGCUGGAGAAUUUAAUCUGCAGCCUGUCUAAGAAGCAGGCCUUCAGGCCCCAGCUGCCCGCGUAUGAGUCCCUGGUACAGGAGAUCCACCACUAUGUCAACAGCAUCGCCAAGGCUCCUGCCAUUCAGGACCUGCUCACGCGGCUCCUGCAGGCCCUCUGCAUGGAUGGACCUCGUGCUGCCCAGGUGGCCCAGAACCUUCUGAAGGAGGAGGCCUCUUGGCAGCAGUCACACCACCAGUUCAGAAAGCGGCUGGCUGAGGAAUACGCCCUGUACCCAGACUCUGUGGCCCCGUUGCAGGCAUCCAUCCUGCAGCUGCAGCAUGGCAUGCGGCUAGUGGCCUGCGAGGUCCAUGCCUCGCUCCAUGGCAGCGUGGUCUGCACUGACAGGCUGGGUACCUUGGCCACAUCCCUGUUAGCUUUCCCAUCAGUGGACCCCACUUUUCCCACCUACUAUGCUCACGCCGAUGCUUUGUGUUCUGUGAAGUCAGAGGAGGUACUCCGUGGCCUUGGGAAGUUGAUCUCCAAGCGCUUGGGAGGGAAGGAGCUGGAAGGCAAGGGCCAGGGGCUCUGCCCUACCCGAGAGCAGCUCCUGCUCAACGCCCUCCUGUACCUGCGGUCCCAUGUGCUGUGCAAGGGGGAGCUGGACCAGCGGGCCCUGCAGCUCUUCAGACACGUGUGUCAGGAAAUCAUCAAUGAGUGGGAUGAACAGGAACGCAUAGCUCAAGAGAAGGCUGAGCAGGAAAGCAGCCUGUACAGAUACAAGAACAGGAACUCCACUACAGCCCUGAGUGAGGAGGAGGAGGAAGAACGGGAGUUCAGGAAGCAGUUUCCGCUGCAUGAAAAGGAUUUUGCAGAUAUUUUGGUAGAACCAACACUAGAGGAGAAGAGGGAACCUUCAGAUGGGCAAGACAAGGAGGCCCCUACAGAUCCGGCCCUCCUGUCCCAGAGCUCAAUGCAGGCGGUGAUGCUCAUACACCAGCAGCUGUGCCUCAGCUUUGCCCGGUCCCUCUGGUACCAGCAGACUCCACCGCCACACGGGACAAAGCACUACCUCAGCCUGUUUCUGUCCUGCUACCAGACGGGGGCAUCUCUUGUGACACACUUCUACCCCCUGAUGGGAGUCGAGCUGAAUGACCAACUCCUCGGCAGCCAACUUUUAGCCUGCACCCUGUCCUAUAACACACUCUUUGGGGAGGCGACCUCAGACCUGAUAGUGAGACCCGAUGGGCCCUAUGACUUCUACCAGCACCCCAAUGUCCCAGAAGCUCGGCAUUGCCAACCUGUGCUUCAAGGCUUCUCAGAGGCUGUCACCCGGCUGCUGCAGGACUGGCCAGAACACCCGGCGCUGGAGCAGCUGCUGGUUGUAAUGGACAGAAUUCGUAGUUUCCCACUUUCCAGCCCCAUCUCAAAGUUCCUGAAUGGCUUAGAGAUCCUUCUGGCAAAGGCACAGGAUUGGGAGGAGAAUGCAAGUCGAGCUCUCUCUCUGCGGAAGCAUCUUGACUUGGUCAGUCAGAUGAUCAUCCGUUGGCGUAAACUGGAACUGAACUGCUGGUCCAUGAGUUUGGACAAUACCAUGAAGCGCCACACUGAGAAAUCCACCAAGCACUGGUUCUCCAUCUAUCAGAUGCUUGAGAAGCACAUGCAGGAACAAACAGAAGAGCAGGAAGAUGACAAACAGAUGACCCUGAUGUUGCUGGUCAGCACAUUACAAGCAUUUAUUGAAGGAUCCUCACUGGGAGAAUUUCACAUACGACUUCAGAUGUUACUGGUUUUCCAUUGUCAUGUCUUGCUGAUGCCGCAAGUUGAAGGAAAAGAUUCACUUUGCAGUGUUCUGUGGAAUUUGUACCAUUAUUACAAACAAUUCUUUGACCGGGUGCAGGCCAAAAUUGUGGAACUUCGUUCCCCCCUGGAAAAAGAGCUUAAGGAAUUUGUUAAGAUAUCCAAGUGGAAUGAUGUCAGCUUCUGGUCUAUUAAACAAUCUGUGGAAAAGACACACAGGACCCUCUUUAAAUUCAUGAAGAAAUUUGAAGCUGUCCUGAGUGAACCCUGCCGGUCAUCCCUGGUGGAGAGUGACAAGGAGGAACAGCUGGACUUUUUGCCAAGGCCAACAGAUGCAGCUGAGAGUGAGACCCCCAUUCAGAGUCUGAACAGGGCACUAAGGGAGACCCUGUUAGCCCGGCCAGCAGCUGCCCAGGCCGUGGUUCUAGAACAAGGUCAGGGCGCCCCUCUCCCCUCCGAGGGGGAGCUUCUGCGUCGCUUGCCGAAGCUGGUGAAACGCAUGAGGAAGGUGUGCCUGGAGCUCAUGGAGGGGAGCCGCCUGCCCCACCUCGUGGAGGGCCUUGACCAGUUCACCGGUCAAGUAAUUUCCUCUGUGAGUGAGUUGCAGAGCUUAAAGGUGGAACCCUCCUCAGAGAAGGAGAAGCAGCGGUCAGAAGCCAAGCAUAUUCUCAUGCAGAAGCAGCGAGCUUUAGCAGACCUCUUUAAACACCUUGCAAAAACUGGUUUGUCAUAUCGCAAAGGUAUUUCCUGGGCCCGUUCCAAAAACCCUCAAGAGAUGCUUCAUCUUCACCCGUUGGACCUCCGGAGCGCAUUGUCUAUAGUCAGCAGCACUCAGGAAGCUGAUUCUAGGCUGCUUACAGAAAUCUCCUCUUCAUGGGAUGGGUGCCAGAAGUAUUUCUAUCGCUCUCUUGCACGGCACGCCAGGCUUAGUGCUGCCUUAGCAGCCCCUGCCAAGGAGAUGGGCACAGGCAACGUGGAGCGGUGUAAAGGUUUUUCGGCACAUUUGAUGAAGGUGCUUAUCCGGCAGCGGCGCUCACUGACCUUGCUGACCGAGCAAUGGAUCCUCCUCAGGAACCUGCUCAGUUGUGUGCAAGAGAUUCAUGGCAGGCUUACGGGGCCGCCUGUCUACCCUGUGGCCUUCCCGCCUCAGGAUGGGGUUCAGCAGUGGACGGAGAGGCUGCAGCACCUGGCCAUGCAGAGCCAGAUCCUGCUUGAGCAGCUCCUCUGGCUCCUCCAGUGCUGCCCCAGUGUGGGGCCGGCUCCAGGCCAAGGUGAUGCCCAGGCACAGAGUCUAGAAGCACCAGAGCUCAAGACAGGGCAGCUUUCUGGAGCAGUGCUGGACCAUAUCCCAUCAGAUCUGAGCUACCCAUCUCCAGUUCCUAGAAAUCAGCUGCCCUCUGGUUGCCGGAUGAGGAAACAAGACCAGCUUUGGCAGCAGUCAACCGAGAGAUUAACAGAGAUGCUGAAAACCAUUAAAACAGUGAAAGCUGAUGUUGAUAAAAUUAGGCAGCAAUCUUGUGAGACUCUCUUUCAUUCUUGGAAAGAUUUUGAAGUUUGCUCUUCUGGGCUGAGUUGCCUGUCCCAGGUAUCAGCUCAUUUGCAAGGCCUAGAGUCCUUGUUCAUUCUUCCAGGGGUUGAGGGUGAGCAAACAGACUCACAAAUGGCAUUAGUAGAGAGUCUGGAAUAUGUAAGAAGAGAGAUCAAUAAAGCCACAGAUGACUUCACUACCUGGAAGAUACAUCUGCUCACCCCAGGUGGCCAAGGAGGAAACCAAGCACUGGAGGAAGGGUUUAUAGAGGAUUUUUCAGAGCAGAUGGAAACUGCCAUCCGGGCCAUCCUGUGUGCCAUCCAGAACUUAGCAGAAAGAAACAGUAAGAAAGCAGAGGAGAACACUGACCAAACAGGACCACAAGAAGAGGAUGAAGCAGCUGGUCUUGGGGGACUGCAGUCAGGACAUCUGAUAAGACUCUUAGAGGAUGACCUCUGGGCCGACGUGAGCACUUUGCAUGUGCAGAAGAUAAUUUCCGCUGUCUCUGAGCUGCUGGAGAGGCUGAAGUCGUAUGGCGAGGAUGGCACAGCAGCAAAGCACAUGCUCUUCACCCAGGCCUGCUGCUUGUUGGUGCGCCUGCUGCCCAUGCUCUCCAGGUACUCAGACCUUGUCCUCUUCUUCCUGACCGUGUCUCUGGCAACUCACCGAAGCUCUGCAAAGCUGCUCGCUGUGCUUGCCCAGAUCUUCAUGGAGCUGGCCCAGAAGGGAUUUUGCUUGCCCAAAGAAUUUAUGGAAGAUUCAGCAGGAGAGGGAGCUACCGAGUUCCAUGACUAUGAGGGCGGUGGGAUUGGAGAAGGCGAGGGCAUGAAGGAUGUGAGUGACCAGAUAGAAAAUGAAGAACAGGCAGAAGAUACAUUUCAGAAGGGUCAAGAAAAGGAUAAAGAAGAUCCUGACUCAAAACCAGACAUUAAGGGCGAGGACAAUGCCAUUGAGAUGUCAGAAGACUUUGAUGGGAAAAUGCAUGAUGGAGAGCUUGAGGAACAAGAAGAAGAUGAUGAGAAAUCAGACAGUGAGGACAGAGACCUGGAUAAACAGAUGGGCGAUCUGAAUGGUGAGGAAGCUGACAAACUAGAUGAGAGGCUUUGGGGUGAUGACGACGAUGAGGAAGAUGAGGAAGAGGACAGUACAAUUGAAGAAACAGGACCAGGAAUGGAUGAGGAAGAUUCUGAACUUGUUGCUAAAGACGACAACUUAGAUGCUGGGAAGUCAGACAGAGAUAAAAACCAGAAAGAUAAGAAAGAAGAAAAGGAAGAAGCAGAAGCUGAUGAUGAGGGACAAGGCCAAGACGAAAUCAAUGAACAAAUAGAUGAGAGAGAAUAUGAUGAGAAUGAGGUGGAUCCUUACCAUGGCAAUCAGGAAAAGCUGCCCGAACCUGAAGCCUUGGACCUUCCAGAUGACUUGAACCUAGACAGUGAAGACAAGAACAAUGAUGAAGACACAGACCAUGAAGAAGAAGAAGAGAAUCCUUUGGAAAUUAAAGAAGAACCAGUGCAUACUGAAGAAGCUGGUCAUGAAGCUGAGGAAAUAAACAAAGAGACUGAGGCUGACCAGAAUGAAGGUCAGGGUCAGCAGGAGCCUGAGCAAGGCUCCAGUGAAGCUGACCAGGGGGAGGGAGAGGGAGAGGAAGAGAUGGACACAGGAGCUGAUGACCAAGACAAGGAUGCUGGCCAGCAUCCUGAAGAGAACCCAGAGGAGGAGCAACAGUCAUCAGAGGACAAGGACGCCAGUGAGGAAAGUACAGAGGGCAAUGUCCCUGUUGACCAAGGCCUCCGGCCUCAGGAGCAGGAAAAAGAGGAAGAAGGGGAGAACCUGGACAUGGAGGAGCAGGUGCCAGAGGCUACGGAGAGGAAAGAGCACGACUCCUGCGGGCAGACGGGCUUGGAAAGUGUGCAGAGCACACAGGCUGUGGAACUGGCCGGGGCCGCACCUGAGACGGAGCAGGGGAAGGAGGAACACGGGAGUGGAGCUGCAGAUGCGAACCAGGUGGAAGGCCACGAAUCCAACUUCAUCGCCAGGCUGGCCUCCCAGAAAAACACCAGGAAAAACACACAGAGUUUUAAGAGGAAGCCUGGGCAGGCCGACAAUGAACGCUCCAUGGGUGAUCACAACGAGCAUGUGCAUAAGAGGCUGAGGACCGUGGACACAGACAGCCACACUGAGCAGGACCCCACCCUGCCCCAGCCCCAGCCCCAGCCCCGGGUGGAGGAGGCAGAAGCCUUUGAGCACAUUAAACAAGGCAGUGAGCCGUAUGACGCGCAGACCUAUGAUGUGGCCAGUACAGAGCAGCAGCAGCAGUCUGCAAAGGACUCCAGCAAGGCUCAAGAGGAGGAGGCGCUAGAGGAUACCUCCAUGGACACGGAGGAGCAGGAGGAGCUCAGAGCAGUAGACGCAGAGCAGCUGAAGCCAGAGGAGGUCAAGGCGGGGACCACGGCACCUCCAGGCUCUGAAGAGGUGGAGAUGGAGACCCAGACUAUUAAGACAGAGGAGGACCAAGACCCCAGGACAGACACAUCCCACAAGGAGACAGAGAGUGAGAAACAAGAGAGAAGCCGAGAUUCGACCAUUCAUACAGCUCAUCAGUUGCUUGCGGACACAAUUUUCCAACCUUUCUUGAAAGAUGUCAGUGAGCUAAGACAGGAGCUGGAGAGACAGCUGGAAACAUGGCAGCCACAUGAAUCUGGAAACCCGGAAGAAGAGAAGGCCGCAGCUGAGAUGUGGCAGAAUUACCUGGUCUUAACUGCGCCUCUUUCACAACAGUUGUGUGAACAGCUUCGUCUUAUAUUAGAGCCUACCCAGGCAGCCAAACUGAAAGGAGACUAUCGAACUGGGAAGCGACUGAACAUGCGGAAGGUCAUUCCAUACAUCGCCAGUCAGUUUCGGAAAGACAAGAUUUGGCUUCGAAGGACCAAGCCCAGUAAACGCCAGUAUCAGAUCUGUUUGGCUAUCGAUGACUCUUCCAGCAUGGUAGACAACCACACCAAGCAGCUCGCCUUUGAAUCUUUGGCUGUGAUUGGAAAUGCCCUAACUCUUCUGGAAGUGGGUCAGAUUGCCGUGUGCAGUUUUGGAGAGUCCGUAAAGCUGUUACACCCGUUCCAUGAGCAGUUCAGUGAUUACUCAGGGUCCCAGAUUCUGCGACUCUGCAAAUUCCAACAAAAGAAAACCAAGAUUGCUCAGUUUCUAGAGUCUGCAGCCAACAUGUUUGCCGCUGCUCAGCAACUCUCACACAACAUGAGUCCAGAAACUGCGCAGCUCCUCCUCGUGGUCUCUGACGGACGCGGCCUUUUCCUUGAGGGCAAAGACCGGGUCCUGGCAGCAGUUCAGGCCGCCCGGAACGCCAACAUCUUCGUCAUUUUUGUGGUGUUGGACAAUCCCAGUUCACGGGAUUCAAUCUUGGACAUUAAGGUACCGAUAUUUAAAGGGCCUGGAGAGAUGCCUGAAAUUCGGUCUUACAUGGAAGAGUUCCCAUUCCCGUUCUACAUAAUUCUCCGAGACGUGAACGCGCUUCCCGAGACGCUCAGCGAUGCACUCAGGCAGUGGUUUGAGCUGGUGACAGCCUCUGACCACCCAUAGAACAGAACAUGGUCCUAAGUGAGACUUGUAACUGUGCUCAGAGGUCACACUGCUUGCCAGGUGCUCCCAUUUGGACAACUGUUUCUGAACUCCCAGCUCUAAACUGGUAUUUUAUCUUCAACCUGAUUUAUGAACAUUCACCUAACAGCUUCUAAAAACUUUACCGCAGCGUACAUUGUUUUCCAGUAUGAUCUCAGAGCCUAGAGGAAGCCAGUGCUCCCUUGCUAUGCCCGGGCUCCAGUCAUUGUAACAAACCUGGGACAGUGAAGUAGCAGCAGCGGCAGGUGCCUGGCCCGAGAGGAGGCUGCACCCCAGCCGUGGGGCCCAGCUGCCUGCCUUCCCUCAUGGGGACCCUGGACACCACCCUGAAGAGAUGCUGCAGGAGCACAGCACCAACCCAGUCCUCUGGACGAAGGACUAAAGGGAACUUGCCUUUUGACCCCACUCUGAGGGAUCAAGGCAAGCUUGGCCUUGCCAAGCCCAUAUUAUGCACCCAAAAGCUGUCAAGUGGCUGAGAUGGCUGUUUUCCAGACUCUGAGUGUAUUUUCUAACUGUAUUGCUUGUGAAAGGAACUGCCUUUUUUUUGAGGGUAGGAGUGUGCUCAUAAACUAACCCCAUAUCGUGGAAGCCCAGAUCAUCAGCAAAUGAUCCCUGGGCUGGGUACAAAGGAAGUGGCUUCUCAGUGUCCUCCACGUUUGCUGCUUCGGGAGACUAUGCAAUGAUGGAAAGGUGAUUUGCCCUGUUUAUUUCAUCCUCUCGGGGCCACCGUUCCUGUUGUUGUAGUAAUUUAAUUUAUUUCUUUAGUUCAUUUUUUUUCUUAACAGUUAAGAGGAAGAACCCUUCCUUACACUGCUUUCAAGCUGAACUGAGCCAAUCUCAUUCUGGAAAAGAAGUGCUGUAUCCAGAAGAACUAAGCAGCUGCUGCUUUUUCCCAGUCAAAACACAUCAAUGGUUUUUAGGCAGUUUUUAUUUGGCCAAAAGACAGUGCUUGAAUACUUGAAACUGUGUGCUUUUAUUUAAGUUCUGACUGUCCAAAUGUUCUUUUGUAGACAACCUGCCAUGAUGCAAUCGUCUGUCCCCAAGUCUGUUAUCAAGUUACACUGUGAAGUGUGCCACCCUUUUGAGGUGGCUCUCAAGACACAGAUUGCUUGUUGUUUAACCAAGUGUCCUAAGCAUGUACCUGAAGUUAUAUCAUUUUUUAUUCUAAAAAGCUAUGCAGCUUAUACUCGGAAAAUUAUUAAAAAAUAUAUCACUGUUGA